GUCUCCAUCGUUUUUUUUUAUUGCUCUUCAAUUUUGAGGUUUCAAUUAUGUAAUUUGAUAAGGAGUUCCCGUUCCAAUAAUCUGUUGUUAGAUCUUCUUGAACGUGUUUAAACUCGAUAGCAUUGUUCUUAGUUUUCGCCGUGGAAACUUGAUCUCAGCUUGUCGCGAUUUCCAUCAGAAUUCAAUCUCUCCGCGGCAAAAAGAUCCGACCUUGAGCGCGAAUUUCAAUGGGGAAUUGCUGUGCCUCCCCCAUUGACCACAAGAAGAAGAAGAAGGAGGAGAAGAAGCGCUACUCCGGCGCCCCACCGAAUAUCGUCGUCCUCAAGAAUCCCACCGGCCGAAACAUCGAGAAGCGGUACGAGCUCGGCGUGGAGCUCGGCCGCGGAGAGUUCGGGGUCACCUAUCUUUGCACCGACAAGGCCACGGGCGAGACAUUCGCCUGCAAGUCGAUCUCCAAGAAGAAGCUGCUGACCAUCGUGGACAUCGAGGAUGUGAGGCGGGAGGUGGCCAUCAUGCGCCAUUUACCCGCGCACCCUAACAUCGUCAGCCUGAAGGACACCUACGAGGACGACCAUUCGGUCCACCUCGUCAUGGAGCUCUGCGAGGGUGGGGAGCUGUUCGAUAGGAUCGUGGACAGAGGACACUACACAGAACGGGCAGCCGCCAUGGUCCUCCAAACCAUCGUCGAAGUCGUGCAGAACUGCCACAAUCAUGGGGUGAUACAUCGAGAUCUUAAGCCUGAAAAUUUCUUGUUUGCAAACAAAAAGGAAAAUGCUCCUCUGAAGGCAAUUGAUUUUGGGCUGUCAAUUUUCUUUAAACCAGGCGAGCGCUUUAAUGAGAUAGUUGGCAGCCCUUAUUACAUGGCUCCAGAAGUUUUGAAGAGAAACUAUGGCCCAGAAGUAGAUGUUUGGAGUGCAGGAGUUAUCCUAUACAUCCUGCUUUGUGGUGUUCCACCAUUUUGGGCAGAAACGGAACAAGGCAUUGCACAAGAAAUUGUUAAUUCAGUUGUUGAGUUUAAAAGAGACCCAUGGCCAAAAGUUUGUGAUUCUGCCAAAGACCUUGUCAAGAGGAUGUUAGAUCCAGAUCUGAAAAAACGUGCUACUGCUAAAGAGGUGCUCGAACAUCCUUGGCUGCAAAAUGCCAAGAAGGCUCCCACAGUUGACCUUGGUGAUACGGUUCGUGCAAGGCUCCAACAAUUUUCACUUAUGAACAAACUGAAGAAGAAAGCACUAAGGGUAGUAGCUGAGCAUUUAUCUGUAGAUGACGUUGCUGACAUAAAGGCUACAUUUAACAAGAUGGAUAUAAAUGAAAAAGGGCACAUAACCAUUGAAGAGUUACAACAUGGUUUGCAUGAGUUUGGACACCAGAUUCCCGAUGCAGACAUUAAGAUACUAAUGGAAGCUGCCGAUGCUGAUGGAGACGGAACCUUGGAAUAUGGAGAAUUUGUCGCUGUGUCGAUCCACCUGAGGAAGAUUGGAAAUGAUGAACACCUGCACAAGGCCUUCCAAUACUUCGAUCAGAAUAACAGCGGAUACAUAGAAAUUGAAGAGCUCAAAAAUUGCUUGGCUGAUGACUUAGGUCCUAAUCAUGAGGAAGUCAUUAACGCCAUAAUUCAUGAUGUGGACACAGACAAGGAUGGGAAAAUAAGCUACGACGAGUUUGCUACAAUGAUGAAAGCAGGCACAGAUUGGAGGAAGGCAUCGAGGCAGUAUUCAAGGGAGAGGUUCAGUAGCGUCAGUACACAUUUGAUGAUAGAACAAUCUUUGAGUUGAUCGAGUGCAUAGUUGAGUUUCACCUUAUUCUCUCUGCCAGUCCAUUUGUCAGUUAAAUUCUUUUCUUUGUGCGUCGAUUUUUCAUCUACUGUGGGAUUGGUGGAAGUUUUUGUUCUGAAAGGUGGAUAUGUAGUCAUAUUACAGAAGA